UUUUAGAGCUUUCCAUCUGGAGCUACUUUUCAGAAAACUUUUAAUUUGUCCACAUUUUUCACUUUUAUUGUGUCUCCCAGGUGCUUCUGCAAUUAGGAGAAGUUGGGGAUUCAAUUUUUCCACAUAAAGCAAAAGAUUUGAUUUAUUACGGAUGGACGGAGCUGUGCUAGUUGCACUUACUGCUGCCAUUGGCAACUUGUUGCAAGGAUGGGACAAUGCAACAAUAGCAGGAGCUGUUCUUUACAUCAAGCAGGAAUUCAAUUUGCAAACCCAGCCAAGAAUAGAAGGGCUAAUUGUUGCUACGUCGCUAAUUGGAGCGACUGUGAUCACAACAUGCUCUGGACCUGUAUCUGAUAUGUUUGGUCGGCGUCCAAUGCUUAUUAUUUCAUCUGUCCUUUAUUUUCUCAGUGGAUUAGUAAUGUUGUGGUCUCCAAGUGUUAAUGUGUUGCUUCUAGCGAGGAUGUUGGAUGGAUUUGGUAUUGGUCUUUCUGUAACACUUGUUCCUGUUUAUAUAUCUGAGACUGCCCCACCAGAAAUAAGAGGACGUCUUAAUACCUUUCCUCAGUUCACUGGAAGUGUUGGAAUGUUUCUCUCAUACUGUAUGGUCUUUUCGAUGUCGUUGACAAAGUCACCUAGUUGGAGACUAAUGCUUGGGGUUCUCUCGAUUCCUUCUCUUGCUUAUUUCUUUUUGGCUUUGUUUUAUUUGCCUGAAUCUCCGAGGUGGCUUGUUAGUAAAGGUCGGAUGAAAGAGGCUAAAAAAGUUUUACAGAGACUACGUGGCAGGGACGACGUCUCAGGUGAAAUGGCCUUGCUGAUGGAAGGUUUAGGCACUGGAGGUGAAGUGUCUAUUGAGGAGUACAUAAUCAGUCCAGAUAAUGAACUUGAUGAUAACCAGGAGCAUGCAGUAGAGAAGGAUCGGAUCAAGCUAUAUGGAGCUGAAGAGGGUCUUUCAUGGAUAGCCAAACCUGUUACUGGACAAAGUACUCUUGGUCUGGUCUCCCAUCACGGGAGUGUAGCAAACCAAAGUGCUCUUAUGGAUCCUAUGGUCACUCUAUUUGGCAGUGUUCAUGAGCAGCUACCAGAGAUGGGAAGCAUGCGCAGCAUGCUUUUUUCAAAUUUUGGCAGCAUGUUCAAUAUAUCAGAGAAUCAAGUAAAACACGAAAACUGGGAUGAAGAAAGUCAAAAGGAUGGUGACAAGCAUUCUGAUGCUUCUGGGGCAGAAUCUGAUGACAAUCUGAGGAGCCCAUUGCUCUCACGGCAAGGGACAGGUACAGAAGGGCCUCCAACCUCAUUAAGCAUGAGACAGGGUAGCAAUUACAAUACUGCAAAUGCGGGAGAACAUGCCAGUAUGGGUAUAGGUGGUGGUUGGCAGCUAGCAUACAGAAAAGAUGAGAAAAAGGAAGGAACACUCAAAAGGAUUUAUUUGCAUCAGGAGGCUGGUGUUGGAUCACGGCGUGGUUCCAUUAUGUCCCUUCCAGGUUGUGAUGCUCCUGCAGAAGGUGAGACCAUACAUGCUGCUGCUUUAGUGAGUCAGUCCGUUCUUCGAACAGAGAGCAUCUUGGCUCAACAGACUAUUGAGGAAGCAGUAGAGAAACAAUCUGGACCUAUUACAAAGGGGCCAGGCUGGAGAGCUCUUUUUGAGCCGGGAGUCAAGCAUGCUCUCAUUGUUGGAGUUGGAAUUCAAAUACUGCAGCAGUUUUCUGGUAUAAAUGGGGUUCUGUAUUACACUCCCCAAAUUCUUGAACAAGCAGGAGUAGGAGUUCUGCUAUCAAAUUUAGGUAUUGGUUCAGACUCUGCAUCUUUCCUCAUAAGUGGUGUCACAACGUUGUUAAUGCUUCCAAGUAUAGGCAUUGCAAUGAGACUGAUGGACAUCGCUGGCAGAAGGUUGCUUCUGCUGACUACUUUGCCUGUCCUGUUGAUGUCACUGAUCGUACUAGUCCUAGGCAAUGUAAUCAACAUGGGUGUCGUCACACAUGCUGUGAUCUCCACCAUUAGUGUUGUCAUCUACUUCUGUUGCUUUGUCACGGGCUUUGGUCCAAUCCCUAACAUCCUCUGCUCCGAGAUAUUCCCCACCAGUGUUCGUGGCAUUUGUAUCGCUAUAUGUGCUCUCACAUUUUGGAUUGGAGACAUUAUUGUCACUUACUCACUCCCCGUUAUGCUCAACUCCAUCGGACUUGCUGGCGUCUUUGGCAUCUAUGCUAUAGUAUGUGCCAUUGCUUGGGUCUUUGUUUUCCUCAAGGUUCCUGAAACAAAAGGCAUGCCCCUUGAAGUCAUUACAGAAUUCUUUGCUGUUGGUGCUAAGCAACCUGGAAAAGAAUAAACACACUGAAGAUGUUGAAUUUUGUCUAAUUAUCCUUGCUGAAUGUGAGGUAUGCUAUGUGAUAAACCUUUCUUCUAUCAUGACUGAAGGUGCUUCGCGGUAAAACUAAGAAAAGGAUGCUCUGAAGAAAGAUAAAACCACUUAACUGGAUUAUUGUCAGAAGAGGUUUCAAUUAGUUUUUCUGUUUGCUUCCAUCAUGAAUUUAGCUCAAAUUUGUCUUAAAGGCACUUUAUGAUGCUAGUUUUUGUAACAUUUUAUUGAUACACUCACAUAAUCUAUCUCCCUUCAUUUGAAUUAUGAACUUAAAAAAGUGUUGGUUCCAGUCAACAGUCCUCUUCAUAAAGGCAAUUGCCAUUGCCUGAAAGGACUAUGUCCAGGAACU